GUGCCCGCACAGCCCGUGGGGAGCCGGGCCGGGGGUGGGCUGUGCCUGUUGCAUUGUCCUUGGUGGGGCUCCCUGUGAGCGCCCGCCGCUAUCUGAGGCCGGGGACCCCGGCGCUGCCCCGUGUCGGACUCUCUGCCCCGCGUGAUAGCGGCUGCACCCUGCUCCGUUGCACGUCCCUCGCGGCUCCCGCCGGGGCUCUCUCCCCUUUUGUCUGUGUAUUUUUAGGUCAUUAGAGUGGAGGGGUAGGUAAUCCCCAGGCUCAAGUUCCAGAGGGGCGGGUUCUGGACGGAGGUGGAGUCACUUUUCAUUUAAAUCCCUGACUAUAAAAUGGGCUUAAAGAGAAGCGGGAUCUCAGCUGUGCUGCACAGACCCCGGCACGCAGGGUGCGUGGGGGCCCCCCGGCAGCCAGCGCCCUGCAGCACAAGCCGCUGCGAUGCUCCACUCCGUCGGCGUUCACACCUUGCAGCUGCUCACCCAGGCGGCCGCCUGUAUCCUCCUAUUUCCCCGCUUCCUGCUCACCGCCGUGAUGCUCUGGCUCCUGGAUUUUCUGUGCAUUAGGAAGAAGAUGCUGACGAUGCCCACGGCGGAGGAGGCGGCCAGCGCCAGCGAGGAGCCGCCCCCCGACGACCCCCCGGUCUGCGUGUCCGACUCCAACCGCAUGUUCACGCUGGAGUCGCUGAAAGCCGUGUGGCACGGGCAGAAGCUGGACUUCUUCAAGUCGGCGCACGUGGGUUCCUUGGCCCCUAACCCCGAGGUGAUCCAGCUGGACGGGCAGAAGAGGCUCCGCAUCCUGGACUUCGCCCGCGGCAAGAGACCCCUCAUCCUCAACUUCGGCAGCUGCACCUGACCCCCGUUCAUGGCCCGCCUGAGGUCCUUCCAGCGCCUGGCCGCGCACUUCGUGGACAUUGCCGACUUCCUGCUGGUGUACAUCGAAGAAGCACACCCCUCCGACGGCUGGGUCAGCUCGGACGCAGCCUAUAACAUCCCCAAGCACCAGUGCCUCCAGGACAGGCUGCGGGCAGCUCAGCUGAUGAGGGAAGGGGCGCCCGAUUGCCCCCUGGCCGUGGACACCAUGGACAAUGCUUCCAGCGCCGCCUACGGUGCCUACUUCGAGAGGCUCUACAUCAUCCAGGAGGAGAAGGUGAUGUACCAGGGAGGCAGAGGACCAGAGGGCUACAAGAUCUCGGAGCUGAGGAGCUGGCUAGACCAGUACAAAACCCGGCUCCAGAGCCCCAGCACGGUGGUCAUCCAAGUGUAAAAAGGACCUGGCAAGAAGCGCAGGGGUGGAGAGGCGAGGGAAGGCGGGAGGAGAGGUGGGGAGGGAGAAGGCACUGCGUCGCGGAUGGCAGGAGCUGUCUUCCCGCGGGGACACUCGAAGGAGGCUGCUGUGCGAGCUUUCGAGCAAGACGUGCCAUAGUCCUUUCUCUAUUCAAAUCAUGUUGAUUUGCCAGCCACGCUCUGUCAAUACUGUAUUUCCAUGUGCGUUUUGUAAAUAACUCUUUCCUUUU